GCUCACUUCAAUGAUCCCGCAUGCGAGGGGAUUGAGACAUUGUGAACACAUAAUCUAUGGGUUUUACAGUAUUUAUUGGUCAGUUAUUAGGUUUGAUUGCGUCUUCUGACUCGUGCCGGACUGGGUGUUGGGCUACAGUGUCUACCUCGCCCAAUUUCAUCAACGAAGGCCAUAUUCCCGAGAUGGUGACGACGGCCAUUUUAUUCCAACGGCAUGCACAAUUUUUUGCCAGACCCUCGAGGCUAUUGAUUAGGAGCCUCAUGCCUAUAGAUCUUUAUGCAUUUACAUAUUGACGGCUCUAAUUAGGUGCAAAUGAUGACGAUCAGUGGCGAGAAACACACCCACGGGGUCAUUCAUAUGUCAGACUGAGUGGACACAAAAUGUAAUAUAGGGUUGAAGAGAAGAACGAGUUUAUUUAGUUCCUGGAUCAAUAAAAACGCCAGUCACAACGCC